AAACAAACACAUUUAUAACUCCCCCUCCUCUUCUCCCCUCUCCUCUCUUCUCUCUCUGACGUCAACCAUGUCCGGAGCACCACCACCACCGCCACCGCCACCGCCAUUAUCAACCUCCACCACCUCGCCACCUCACAACAACCGCUCGUUGACCGUGAAAACCUUAAGUCCGAGCAUUCUCAUCAUCCUCCUCAUCGUCGUCGUCACCGUGGUGGCUUCAUUUUCCCUCUGCCGAAUCCUCCGCUGCAUCAACAACCGCUUCCUCCGCCACGUCACUCCCUCCUCCGGCGACGACGCACCCGCCCGCACCUCCAGCCGGCGAGUCUCUCCUGCCGAAUCCGCUGCCGCCGAUCCCGUCGCCGCGCUCCCGGUCUUCGCCUUCUCCGCCAUCAAGAACCGCCGAGCCUCCUCCACCGCCGUCGUGGCCGCCGACUGCGCCGUCUGCCUCUCGAAGUUCGAGCACGACGAUCAGCUCCGGUUGCUCCCUCUCUGCUGUCACGCCUUCCACGUCUCGUGCAUCGACACAUGGCUCCACUCCCAGCAGACCUGCCCGCUCUGCCGGUCGCCGAUUUCCGCGUCGGACUCCGAGCUCAUGACUCUGGUCGAGAAUGCAGGCUCCUCCGCCCGCGGCGGCGGCGGCGAUAGCUUCCGACUCGAGAUUGGCAACGUCAGCCGCCGCCAAACAACUACGACGUCCAACUCCAGCGCGCGCCGCUCCUACUCCAUCGGAUCCUUCGACUACCUCGUCGACGACGACUCGGAGGUCCAAUUGUCCAAUGCCAGAAACGGCUCGUCUGAUCGGAAAGAAGAGGUGAUUGUCGUUCUCGGCGAGCUCCCGCCGCCGCCGUUGCCGUCGGAGGCCAGUCUAGCUGCUGACGUGGCCUCGGGAAGGAGCUGGCUCAAGGAAUUCGUGGAUAGACUCUCCAGCUCUUCUCUACGAAGCUCCGGCAGAUUCUUUACCGGCAGUAGCCGUCGGAGUGAGAUAGGCGGCACGGGAGAGUGGAUAUCGGAGUCCGGCCAAGUCGGCGUCGAGUUCUCCGAGUAUUUCCGGUGGUUAUCGGAGGUAUGAUUUUAGUAGUAGGUAAUUAAGAACCGUAAAUACUCCACUCUUAUUAGAAUAUCAACAUUUUGGAUUAAUUUUGGCUAGCAAAUCAGAAUUUCAGAAUUUUUAUUUUUUAUUUUUUAUUUUUUACCUGUUCUAUGUCUGUGGGAUCAAAAUUAGAGCUAGAGUUCUACUAUUCAAGCAGAGUUCAUGUACACUGUGCGAUUGAAAUGUCGGGGAAAUUAGUUCUUGGUCGAAAUAGAAAAUUGUUUUCGUGAUC